GGUGUUGCGGAGGGAUGGGAGCUUAUGGACAGUAAACCGGGAAUGGAAAUAACGUUUGAAAUGUAAGUAAAGAAAUCUAUCUAAUUAAUAUAUUAAAAAUAAUAACAAUGAAUUAAUCAGACCUUGAAAAAAAGUAAUAAAGACUUGUUAGAAUUGAAUGAAAAAGAAGGUACCACAUACCAAAUUUAUGGGAAAAAAAUGAAAGCAGUAGUAAGUGGAAAAGUCAUAGCCAUGAGUGCCUCCAUAAAGAAGUUGGAGAGAUUAUAUAUGAGCAACUUAACAGCAUAUCUGAAAGCUCUUAAACAAAAAGAACCACAUACACGCAAGCUGAGUAGAUGGUGGCAAAUCAUCAAAUUCAGGGCUGGAAUCAAUCAAGUAGAAGCAAAGAGAACUAUACAAAAAGUCAACAAACCAGGAGCUGGUUCUUUGAGAAAAUCAACAAGAUAAAUAAACCCUGAGACAGACAAACUAGUGUGCACAGAGACAGUAUCCAAAUUAACAAAAUCAGGAAUGAAAAGGGAGAAUAACAACUGCACCUGAGGAAGUUAAAAACAUAAUCAGACCCUACUACCCAAGUCUCUAUUCAACAAAACUGGAAAAUAUAGAUGAAAUGGUUGAUUCUCUUGACAGAUAUCUGGUAGUACAAUCAAAUUAGGAUCAGAGAAAUGGUCUAAACAGUGCUAUAACCCCUAAAGGAAUGAAAGCAAUCAUUAGAAAUCCUCCAACAAAAAACAUUCGAAGGCCAGAUUGUUUUAGUGAAGAAUUCUAUCAUGUCUCUAAAGAUAUCUAAUCCCAGUACUUUUAAUGAUUUUGUAAAAUAUAAACCAAAGUAGCACUACCUAAUUCAUUCUACAUAUCAACUGUUACUCCGCAUCUCUAACAUACUUAACUUUAUUCUCUAUCUCUAGGAUGUGUGUGUGAGUGUGUGUGUGUGUGUGUGUGUGUGUGUGUGUGUGUGUGUGUGUAUUUUAGCAUAUUGUUAAAUUCAGACGUUUACUCAAAAUUUACAUCCAGGACAGCUCCAGAGAUGCAACUCACAUAUGCUCCAAUCAACUCCCACUGAUACACAAACUUCUACUGGACCUGCUUCUUCUUACCCAAAGAUUGUUCUAGAGAACCUGGACAGCAGGGAAAUAGCCAACUUACCUAAGAAUGUAGCGACAUUCCCAUAACAAUUUUCUUAGGUUUCCCAGAGACAUGUUGCCUCAAACUCAGUAGAAAGUAUUUUCAGAUAACUAUAACCCAAUUCUUGCUCACCAUCUCCUCUUUCCAUUGGGACUCCAUUCUCAAUCCAAUGCUUGACUCUGAGCAUCUGCCUCAGUAUUUUUCAGACUCUCGUAGAGCCUCUUAGGAGAAAGUUAUAUUAGGCUCCUGUCAUCAUGCAAUUCUUGGCAUCUGCAGUAGAGUGUGGGCUAGGUGACUGUUUAUGGGAUAGAUCCACAGGGGUGGCAGUCUUUAGAAGGCCUUUCGUUCAGUCUCUGCUCUACACUUUUUCUCAAUAUUUCCUCCUAUGAGUAUUUUGUUUCCCCUUCUAGGGAGGACUGAAGCAUCCACACUUUGAUCAUUCUUCUUCUUGAGCUUCAUGUGCACUGUAGAUCGUAUCUUGGGUAUUCCAAGCUUUUGAGCUCAUAUACAUGUAACGAUAAGUGCAUAUCAUGUGUGUUCCUUUGUGAUUGGGUUACCUCACUCAGGAUGAUAUUUUCUAGUUCCAUCAAUUUGCAUAAGAUUUUCAUGAAUUCACUGCUUUUAAUAGCUGAGUAGGACUCCAUUGCAAUUCCACCAUCAAUGGAGGAGUAUUACAUUUUCUCCACAUUCUCGCCAGUAUCUACUGUCACACCAGCCUUUCUGACUGGUGUGAAGUAGAAUCUCAGGGUUGUUUUGAUUUGCAUUUCGAUGAUUACUAAGGAUCUUGAACAUUUCUUUAGGUGGUACUUCUGGGCCAUUCUGUAUUCCUCAGCUGAGAAUUCUUUGUUUAGCUCUGUACCCCAUUUUUAAUAGGGUUAUUUGUCUCUCUGGAGUCUAACUUCUUCAGUACAUUGUAUAUAUUGGAAAUUAGCCCUCUAUCAGAUGCAGGAUUGAUAAAUAUCUUUUUCCAAUCCCUCGGAUACUGUUUUGUCCUAGACAGUGUCCUUUGCUUUAUAGAAGCUUAUGCAACUUUAUGGGACAAAUUUAGUCCCAUUUGUCAACUCUUGAUGUUAGAGUAUAAGACAUUGGUGUGUUCAGGAAAAUUUCUCCUGUGCCCAUGUAUUUGAGUCUCUUCCCCACUUUUCUUCUAAUAGUAUCAAUGUAUCUGAUGUGGAGGUUUUUAAUCCACUUGUACUUGAGCUUUGUACAAGGGGAUAAGAAUGGGUAAAUUUGCAUUCUUCUACAUGCUGACCUCCAGUUGAACCAGCACCAUAUGUUGAAAAUGCUGAUUUGUUCCUAUGAGUGGCUUUAGGUUCAAAGAUCAAGUGACCAUAGGUGUUUGGGUUCAUUUUUGGGUCUUCAAUUCUAUUCCAUUGAUCUAUCUGCCUGUUUCUGUAGCAAUACCUUACAGUUUUUCUGUAAUACAGCUUGAGGUCGGAGGUGGUGAUUACCCCAGAAAUUCUUUUAUUGUUGCAGAUAGUUUCCAUUAUGUUUGGUUUUUUAUUAUUCCAAAUGAUUGCAAUUUGCUCGUUCUAGCUCUUUGAAGAAUUGACUUGGAAUUUUGAUGGUGAUUGCAUUGAAUCUGUAGAUUGCUUUUUGUAAAAUGGCCAUUUUUACAAUAUUAAUCCUCCCAAUCCAUGAGCACGGGAGAUGUUUUCAUCUUCUGAGAUUUUCUUCAAUUCCUUUAUUUAGAUACUUGAAGUUCUUGUUAUACAGGCAUUUUACUUGCUUGGUUAGAGUCACACAGAGGUAUUUUAUAUUAUUUUUGACUGUUGUGAAGGGUGUCAUUUCCCUUAUUUGUUUCUUAGUCUGUUUAUUGUUUGAGUAGAGGAAGGCUACUGUUUGUUUGAGGUAAUUUUAUAUCCAGCCACUUUGCUGUAGUUGUUUAUGAUGCUUAGUACUUCUCCUUUGGAGCUUUUGGGGUCACUUAACUAUACUAUCAUAUCAUCUGCAAAUAGUGAAAUUUUGACUUCUUUCUUUCCAAUUUGUCCCUUUGACCUCUUUUUGUUGUCUGAUUUCUCUGCCUAGGACUUUGAGUUUUAUAUUGAAUAAGUAGGGAUAGAGCAUGCAGCCUUGUCUAGUCCCUGAUUUUAGUGUGACUGCUUCAAGUUUCUCUCCAUUUAGUUUGAUGUUAGCUACUGGUUUGCUGUAUAUGGUUUUUACUGAGUUUAAGUAUGGGCCUUGAAUUCCUGAUCUUCCAAGACUUAACAUGAAGCGGUGUUGAAUUUCAUCAAAUGCUUUCUCAGCAUCUAAUGAAAUAAUCAUGUGGUUUUUGUUUUUGUUUUUUUGACUUUGUUUACAUAGUGAAUUAUAUUGAACGUUCAUGUAUUUCCAUAUAUUGAACCAACCCGGCAUCCCUGGGAUGAAGCCCACUUGAUCAUGAUGGAUGAUCAUUUUGAUGUGUUCUUGGAUUUGCUUGAAAGAAUAAUAUUGAGGAUUUUUGUGUUGAUGUUCAUAAGGGAAAUUGGUCAUAGGUUCUCUUUCUUUGUUUGGUCUUUGUGUGGUUUAGGUAUAAGCAUAGUUGUGGUUUCAUAGAAGGAAUUGGUUAGUGAUCUUUUUGUUUCUAUUUUGUGAAAUAAUUGGGACUGUAUUGGAUAUAAAUCUAUGAAAGCCUGAUAGAAUUCUGUACUAAACACUUGUGGUCCUGGGGUUUGUUUGGUUGAAAGACUUUUAAUAACUGCUUCUAUUCUUUAGGAGUUAUGGGACUGUUUGAGUGGUUGAUCUGAUCCUAAUUUAACUUUGGUACCUGGUAUAUGACUAGGAAAUUGUCCAUUUCCUCCAGAUUUUCAGGUUUGUUAAGUAUAAUGUUUUGUGGUAGGAUCUGACUCAUUUUUGAAUUUUCUCAGUUUCUGUUGUUAUGUUUUUCCUUUUCCUUCAGAUUUUGUUAAUUUUUAUACUGUAUCUGUGCCCUCUGGUUAGUCUGGCUAAGGGUUUUUCUAUACUGUUGAUUUUCUCAAAGAACCAGCUCCUGGUUUUGUUGAUUCUUUGUAUCGUUCUUUUUGUUUCUACUUGGUUGAUUUCAGCUCUGAGUGAUCAUUUCCUGCCUUCUACUCCUCUUGGAUGAAUUUGCUUGUUUUUGUUUUUAGUUUUCAGGUAUGCACUCAACUUGUUAGUGUAUGCUCUCUCCAAUUUUUUGCAGGAGUCAGAGAUAUGAGUUUUCCUCUUCAAACUCCUUUCAUUGGUAUUCCAUAAAUUUGCAAAUGAGGUGCCUACAUUUUCAUUAAAUUCUAAAAGAUCUUUAAUUUCUUUUUUUACUUCUUCUUUGAUCAAAUUAUUAUUGAGUAGAGGCUUGUUUGGUUUCCAUGUUUGAGUGGACUUUCUGUUGCUUUUUCAUCAUUGAAGAUUAGCCUUAGUUCAUGGUGAUCUGAUAGGAUCCAUGAGAUUAUUUCAAUUUCCUAGUAUCUUUUGAGUCCUCUUUUGUGACCAAUUAUAUGGUCAGUUUUUGAGAAGGUACCAUGAGCUGCUGAGAAGAAGUUGUAUACUAUUCUUUUUGGAUGGAAUGUUCUAUAUGUAUUUGUAAAGUACAUUUGAUUCAAAACUUCAGUCAAUUCCUCCGUGUCUCUUUUUAGUUUUUGUUUCCAUUGUCUGCUCAUUUAUAUGAAUCUUGCAAUUAAAUCUCCUACUAUUAUUGUGUGUGGUGCAAGGUAUGCUGUGAGGUUUAGUAAAGUUAGUUUUAUGAAUGUGGGUACCCUUUUACUUGGAGCAUAGAUAUUCAGAAUUGAGAGUUCAUCUUGGUAGAUUUUUUUCUUUGAUGAGUAUGAAGUGUCCUCCCUUAACUUUUUUGAAAACUUUUGGCUGAAUAUCAAUUUUAUUUGAUAUUAGAAUGGCUACUGAAGCUUGUUUCAGGGACCAUUUGCUUGGAACGUUUUGUCCCAGUCUUUUACUCUUAGGUAUUGUCUGUCUUUUUCACUGAUGUGCAUUUCCUGUAUGCAGCAACAUGCUGGGUCCUGUUUACUUCUCCAGUCUGUUAAUCCAUGUCUUUUUAUUGGGGAAUUGUGCGCAUUGAGGUUAAUAGAUAUUAAGAAAUAGUGAUAGCUGUUUCCUGUUAUUUUUGUUCUUAGAGAUGGAAUUAUGCUUGUGUGGCUAUCUUUCUUUGAGUUCGUUGCAAGAUUACUUUCUUGCAUUUUUUAGGGUGUAGUUUCCCUCUUUGUGUUGGAGUUCUCCAUACAUUGUCUUUUGUAGGACUGGAUUUGUGUAAAUAUUUUGUGUACAUUUUUGUGUCAUGGAAUAUUUUGGUUUCUCCAUCUAUGUUAAUUGAGAGUUUUGCUGGAUAUAGUAGCCCAGGCUGACAUUCGUACUCUGCUAGGGUCUGUAUGACAUCUGCCCAGAAUCUGGCUUUUAGAGUUUGUAUUGAGAAAUCUUGUAUAACUUUGAUAGAUCUGCCUUUAUAUGUUUCUUGACCUUUUCCCCUUACUGCUUUUAACAUUAUUUCUUUGCAAACAUAAUUUUCAUUGUGCAUGUGUGUGCGUCUAUGUGUGUGUGUGUGUGUGUGUGUGUGUGUGUGUGUGUUUAUUUAACAGUAAGCUGAUAAACCAGUGGUCAGUUUCUUCCUGUCUCUGCACCAUUACUGACCUGUUAGUCUCUAAGACCCUGGGCCAGUGUUUUUCACCACUGGAUGCUUUGACUUGGAUGGAUUUCACAUGAAUCCCAAAAUGAUCCCUGAGAGUUGUGUCAGUGUGUUUUUACAUCCUAGCUGGGAACUUGUCCUUCUCUUUCACUUUUCACUCUUGCUUCAAGGGGUCUGUCUAGACCUGUUUUUUUUUUAUGCAUCAGCCCUAACUAGUUACAUUGUGCCUCCCUCUAUGCUGUCAGUUCUGGCACAUCAUGGCUAUGUCUGUGCCCAUGCCACACUUUUGAAAUUCUCAAGCAUAGUCCUUUUGCUUCUUUGUCUACUCCCAAAGCCAUCACUGUGGUCAUGGGGGUGAACGUCCCCUUCUGUACUGAGAACCCUUGCUUCUCCUCUGUCUCUGGCAGCCUACCAAAGAUCUGCAGCCAUCAGUCUGUACAGCUUAACCGCAUGGUUCCUCCAUGCUAGGCCAGACCAUGAUCCAGGAAUACACUGUGCCGAAUCCUGUUCUCUUACUCUUGGUAGUGUCCACACUGGGUGCAGAUAACUUGAGAUACAAGAUAUGCAGUCCUAUAUUCCAUGUUAGUACACCAGCCCUUUAGUAAAAAGUGUGUGGAAAAAACCCACAUCUGUCUCGGGCUCACUAGCAAGUCUUAGUGAAAAAUCUGAGGCAAUAAGUUCACUGGCAAUGCCUACCCACUUCUGCUGAUUCCCACAUUGGCCAAACUUAAUGUGACCCCUUUCUUUUCUACUUAACCUGACACAGCAGCAGCCCAGCUUCCCACAGAGACUCACCACCCUCAGGGCCACAGGACAUACCACAUUCCUGCCCACCUUGGGUAGAGGAACCCACAGACCCUGAGCCUAGAGUUUGCCAAGGCCAACACUAAGAUGGUCAAGAUCAAACUAAUAGGGACAUCAGAUCCCUUAUGACCUGAUGGAGGGUCUCUUAUUCCUGUGUCCCCAGAGGCCUGGCUCCCUUACACUUUCUACACUGCAGAGCUGACUCCACCCAUUUCACAUAGUACUUUCACCUACCCAGCUGCCACUAGUGCUGCUGCUGCCUCCCUAUGUGCUCAGAUGCACUGGUACCAUUCCUCUGUCACCACUCAGCAAGGACAGAUGUAUAGGCAGUUCUUUUAGCUUCUCAGUCUUCUCACCCUGGAGUUGGUCAUGGGUUGUUUGGAACCCAAACAGGGCUCUGCUAUCACUGCCACUUGAGGACUACGUAGAAUUGCUCCUUCUCUCUAGACACUGUGAAUCUUAACCCUUACUAUAUGGCUGUUUUUUUUCCCUCGGUUCUCUUAGGCCUUCAGGAGAAUUGGGAGGGGCCUUCUUACUGGGAUACUUAGACCCAGUUUGCAAGCCUCACUUGGACCCAGCACAGCCUACUUGUUUCUGUAGUUUUUCCAUCAAGGGAUGUUUAAUUUAGCAUGUUUAUAAAUUGUGACCGGUGUAAAUAUGUGUGUAAGGUUUGUUCCCACACUGUCACCAUAGCUACAGGUCUUGGCAAUGGAGGCUUGUCAAGCCCAGUUCCUCCUCCACUUAUGACUCCUAUACUUACCCUGCCUCAAGGAAGCCUGAACCUUGUGGCCCCUUCUGCCUUGAGAGCACAGGUUAGUUGACCAUGUAGGUUUUCUUCUGGUGUCCUUGACCACUCUGGCUUGCUGAAUUCUAUCCUCAACUUUUCCACAAGUUUCAUUGAGUUCCAUCUGGAAUUUGGCUGUGGGUCUUUGCAUCUGUCCCCAUCCACUGCUGGAUGAAGCCUCUCAGGAGACAGUUAUACUAUGUUCCUUUCCAAAAGCACAGCAAAAUAUCAUUAGUGUCAGAGGUUGGCAUAUAUGAUCGGUCUUAAGUUGAGUCAGUCAUUGGUUGGCUGUUCCCUCUGUCUCUGCUUUAUCUUUAUCACUGCAUGUCUUGAAGACACCACAAAGUUUGGGUUGAAGAUAUUUGUGUGAAUUGAUGGUCUUCUCCCUCCUCUGGGAGUCCUUCCUAGCUACAAGAGUUGGCCAUGAGGGGAAGGAAGUUGGAAAGGAAAGAUAUGUGUAACACAUUGCAGAUGGGUAGCUGGUAAAGAGUAUGUGGUUUGCUACAAUCUGGGUGUAAGACUGGGGGUGAAUUUGGAGAAAGUCAGGAAGUAAUGAAGAUGUAAAUUUAGCCUACCUGCUUCCCAGGCCAAGUUGGAUAGUGGGUUCAGAGUGAUACGUGUACCAUUACAAGAUCUUUAUCCUUAGAAGGGAACAAGCAGAAAUGUAUGUGACAUUUUAGAAGUCAUAUAUGAAUGAAGUUUAGUGUCUGCAUAGACAUUGAUGCACAAACUAGAAGUUAGUAGACCAAGGAUUAGAUUAACUUCUGAAUUUCAUUUAUGAUUGCUUAUCUGUAUUACAAAAUGGCAUUAAUUUUUGGUUGAAUCCAUAAGUGUGACUACUGUGAAAUAAUAUAUCCCUACAGAAUACUUUGUUGAUUGCUGAAAAGUCAGUAUGUGAGACUACCUCUGCAUAUAAUGGAUGAUGACAUCAUAAUUUGCAUAGGGUCUGUGUGGAAUGUGUAUGCAUGAUUUUUUUAACCUCAUUAAUCUCAUUUCUUACUUUGGAUCCCAUGAUGAAAUUCACAUAUGAGAUUUCAAUUGGCUUUCUGACACAGGCCUGAGACUAACUAUCCCCAGAACAUCUAUGCCAUGAACAUUAAUGAAAUAACUACCCUAAGGCAAGAAUGGACGAUCUUAAAAACAUAUUUUCCAUCUUAUGGUUCAUAUUUACUUCAAAUGUAAAGCCCUUGGGCCAAUUGUUUGCAUUCCUCUAAGGACAAUUGGUCAGAGUCAGAAGAAAGUAGCUCGGGGAGUUUGUGGUCAGAUUGAAUGGCAGGGAUUCAUGGACAAUUUGAGUUGCCUCUCCAGUUAGUAAUGGUAAUAAAAACCAGGCACACACGUGUCCAUGACUACAUGAUCAGAGUGUGUCCAUGGGACUGCACAUGUAACCUCUGCUCAGGCUUACUGAAUGGCAGACAUGGAAAAGGCGUACACUUUGAUUGUGUUCUUCCUGCUGCUGAGACUUUCUUUCAUCUUGUGCAGUUUUCCAGAAGCCACUUGUUUUUGGAGAAUAAAUCACAAUGAAAAUCUUGAGAGCAACAUGAGGAAGGACUGUGGUUUCAUCCUUUUCACAAUACCUGUUCAUCUAGUGGAAGAUCACUUCAGGGUGCUGCUGGAUUUUCCUUUGCCAGUGAACACAUACCCAUAUGUUCUGGUAAUGCUUUUUGCCAUAGAAGAGAUCAACAAGAACCCUAAUCUUUUACCUAACUCUACCUUGGGAUUUACCUUUCUUGGAGACCAGUGUGACAUUACAUCAACAGAUCUCAAUAACCUAAACAUGCUCUCAAAGUCUGGUGAGAUGAAUCCUAAUUAUAUCUGUGAGUAUAGUUUCUGUGAUGUAGCACUUACAGGACCAACAUGGACAGUUUCUGCCCGAGUGGGAACACUCCUGCAGCUCUUCAAAAUUCCACAGGUUACAUAUGGACCAUUUCAUGAUAGUCUGAGUGACCGUGAUCUGUUUCCUCAUUUAUAUCAGAUCGCACCAAAGGACACUAGCCUCGUUCUUGCCAUGGUAUCCUUGAUGAUUCAUUUCCUCUGGAAAUGGGUGGGACUGGUUAUCUUAGAUGAUGACCAGGGUGUUCAGUUUCUCUCAGAUAUGAAAGAAGAAGUGAAGACAAACGAAAUUUGUUUAGCUUUUGUGAAUAUGAUCCCAGCAAACAUGCAGUUAUACAUAGAAAGGGCUGAGACUUAUUAUUUUCAAAUAAUGACAUCAUCAGCAAAUGUUGUCAUCAUUUAUGGUAAUGUGAACUCUACUCUAGAAGUGAGCUUUAGAAGAUGGGAAAUGUUAGGCAUAUGGAGAUUGUGGAUCACUACCUCACAAUGGGAUGUCAUCUCAAGGUCAAGAGACUUCACCAUUGACUCUUUCCAUGGAACUUUGUCUUUGUCACACCAUUAUCAGGAGAUUUCUACUUUUAAGCAUUUUAUUCAGAAAACAAACUUUUCUGCUUACCCAGAAGCUGUUUCUCUGGUGAGAUUGGGAUGGAUCUAUUUGAACUGUUCAGUGUCUGUAUGUGAAUGCAAAACACUGAAUCAUUGCUUAUCUAAUACUAUAUUGGAAUUAUUACCGUGGCACAGUUUUGACAUGGCCAUGAAUGAUGAGCGUUACAACAUAUAUAAUGCUGUUUAUGCUGUGGCCCAUGCCUUUCACAAUAUGCGUCUCCAACAAGUAGAUAUAAAAGUAUUGGAAAGUUGGGAAGGGCUAAUUCCUAGAUGCAUGCAGGUAAAUGACUUUCUGAAGAAUGUAAGACUUAUCAAUCCUAUAGGAGACCCAGUGAAUAUUAAUCAAGGAAGAAAUUUAGAUGCAAUGUAUGACAUUUUCAACGUUUUGAAUUUUCCACAAGGUUAUGUACUAAAGGUGAAAGUAGGACAGUUUUCUCCUUAUUUUGCACAUGACCAACAACUCUUCUUAUCUGAAGACAUGAUAGAGUGGGCCACAGGAAGUAGACAGUUUUCCACUUCGGUGUGCAGUAUGCCUUGCCAUCCUGGUUUCAAGAAAUCCCAUCAGGAAGGAAAAGCAGACUGCUGUUUUGAUUGUUCCCGAUGUCCUGCAAAUGAGAUUUCCAACACAACAGACUCAGAGGAGUGUGUGAAGUGUCCAGAAGAUUGGUAUGCCGACACAGAGCAAACCCACUGCCUGCCAAAAGCUGUGACAUUUCUGGCUUAUGAAGAUCCUUUGGGGAUGGCUCUUGUCUGCCUGGCCCUGUGCUUCUCUGUACUUACAGCUCUUGUCCUUGGGGUCUUUCUGAAGCACAGAGAAACUCCCAUUGUGAAGGCUAAUAACCGUACUCUCAGCUACAUUCUGCUAACGGCCCUUAUAUUUUGCUUUCUCUGCUCCUUGCUCUUUGUUGGAAAUCCAAAUACUACAACAUGUAUCCUACAGCAGACUACAUUUGGAAUUCUGUUCACUGUGUCCGUGUCCACAGUCUUGGCCAAAACUCUUACUGUGGUUCUGGCCUUCAGGAUCACUCUUCCAGGCAGAAGAAUGAGGGGAUUGAUGGUAUCAAGGAUACCUAAAUACAUCAUUCCCAUCUGUACAGUUGUCCAAAUAAUUCUCUAUGGAAUAUGGCUAUGGACAUCACCUCCCUUUGUUGACAUUGAUACACACUCUGAACAUGGCUGCAUCACCAUCACAUGCAGCAAAGGCUCAGUUAUGGCAUUCUAUUGUGUUCUUGGAUACUUAGGAUCUCUGGCCCUAGUGAGCUUCACAGUGGCUUUCUUGGCCAGGAAUCUACCUGACACAUUCAAUGAAGCCAAGUUCCUGACAUUCAGCAUGCUGGUGUUCUGCAGUGUUUGGAUCACCUUCCUUCCUGUCUACCAUAGCUCCAAGGGAAAAGUCAUGGUAGCAGUUGAAGUGUUUUCUAUUCUGGCCUCCAGUAUGGGCCUGCUAGGGUGUAUCUUUAUCCCGAAAUGCUACAUUAUUUUGUUAAGACCAGACAGAAACUCAAUUCAAAAGUUCCGAGACAAAACACAGAUGAAUCAAUGAAUAUUUCUUAACUUUUAAAUCAUGUGUGAAGUUAUUGCAUAGCUUGAAGAAAACUAUGUUUUAUUACAAACCUCAUAUAUUAGAUUUAACAUGUUAUUGGUAUUCAUACAAGUCAAUCAUAUUCUUUUUUUUUAUUAUUAACUUGAGUAUUUCUUAUAUACAUUUCAAGUGUUAUUCCCUUUCCCGGUUUCCGGGCUAACAUCACCCUCCCCCCUCCCC